UUAUCUAUGCUACCUCAUUGGGUGUUUCGGUGGUGGCAGGUCCUCCAGGACCAAGAGAAGGACAAGGAGCCACCGAUGCCACACCGCUGGUUCAGCCGCGCCGUACCAUUUUUCCUGCAGAGCCCAGAACCACUGCUGCCCCGGCUACGAUUGUGCAGCCACCAUCAGUUGGCUACUUGUCAGAGCCCAGAACCACUCUUGCCCCAGCUCCAGGCCAGCCAAGUGCAGUGGACUGCUUGUCAGAGCCUACUACAAGUUGCACACAAGUGCAGAGCACUUCAAGGGCUUGGACACCAGAGCCAGUGCCUGAAGAUGGCUUAUGCAACGAGAUGCCAGGCAUGGUGCCAAAUGACUUCGGUAGGAAACUAUUUUGUUUCACAUUAA